CGAGCCUUUGGGGACAUCUCUGCGCCUGUCCUAGGCCCAAAGCUGGCUGCGAAUAUCAAGUGUCACUCUACUGCGGAACACGGCCAUCCAGUCCAGAGGCGGUCCCCUGAGCUCCUUCUGUUCAGACAGCGCUGAGGACAGUCCGCAGUUCUCUAGUGUCUUAGUCACUUAGCCAAUACGAGGCCCUGGGCGAAGCUCGCACGGUGUCCCACGAGUUCCUGCCGAAGACUCAAACUUGGACACACUCUUGGGCUUUGCCAGUUGGAAUAGUGGGUGCAGCAGCCAAGCGGAGCCCAAAAGCAAAGGCUCAGGCAACAGCGCACGGCGAGGGUGCACCGAGGGCGCGGCUGGGGAACUCAGCUUUGGUGCAGGAGUAGUUCUCACUCAGCAGGAAGCGCCACCGACGCUCCCAGGACGGUCACCCAGGCAGCCUCCUACCCAGUGGAGGACCCUGUGGAUGGUCCUCAGGCUGUGAGGACGAGCUUGCUGGAGAUUUCGAGGUUGUCCAGAACCAGCAAGCCUGAGUGCAGCGUCUUCUGCCUGAGCUAGGAAGGGGGAGUGGCGCUGCUUUGGAGCUGGGAACCAAGAAAGUGCCUGACCUCCCUACUAACUCUUUCUUCCGAAGUUCACUACUUGGGCUCCAGGGAAGGUUCUGGCGAUCGGAGCCCUUUUUCCUAGAAGGCUGGUGAUGGAUCUCCUGCUGCUGCCCCCUCAGGGGCACUUGGAGCGCGUUGGCGGCGCGUGAGCUCCGCACUGCCCUCAGCGUGCCCCUCCUGGCAGCUUUUCCCAAGCAGCCUAUUUUGCCCAACCCAAAGCCUCCGGGAUUCCAGGAGGCAGCGAGAAGAAAGUGGACCUCAGGCACAGCUACUCCGAGAUGUCCGCACAGAGCCUGCUGCACAGCGUCUUCUCUUGCUCCUCGCCCGGGUCUGGCGGUGUGGCCUCAGCCAAGGGCUUCUCCAAGAGGAAGCUGCGCCAGACCCGCAGCUUGGACCCAGCCCUGAUCGGUGGCUGCGGGAGCGAGACGGGCACAGAGAGCUGUGCUUCAGGGGCUACAGCGGGCCGCCUCUACUCCCCGCACCCGCUAGCUGAAGGUCUCGGACCCCGCUCAGCUCCUUCGCCCCGGAGCCCGACCUCGCGGGCCAACCGACUCUCAACACCCAGACCUCUUUGCUCAUCCCUCUCCACACCCAGCACCCCGCAAGAAAAGUCACCUUCUGGAAGCUUCCACUUUGACUACGAGGUCCCCUUGGGUCGAAGUAAUCUCAAGAAGAGCACAGCUUGGGACCUGCCUUCUGUCCUGGCCGGGCAGGGCAGUGGCCGCAGCGCUGUGAGCAUCCUCUGUUCCUCCGGAGGAGGCCCUAAUGGCAUCUUUGCUUCCCCUAGGAGGUGGCUCCAGCAGAGGAAAUUUCAGCCCCCAUCCAACAGUCGUGGCCACCCCUACAUCGUGUGGAAGUCCGAGGGUGAUUUCACCUGGAACAGCAUGUCGGGCCGCAGCGUGCGGCUGAGGUCAGUCCCCAUCCAGAGUCUCUCAGAAUUGGAGCGGGCCCGGCUGCAGGAAGUGGCUUUUUAUCAGUUGCAGCAGGACUGUGACCUGAGCUGUCAGAUCACCAUUCCCAAAGAUGGACAAAAGAGAAAGAAAUCUUUGAGAAAGAAACUGGAUUCCCUCGGAAAAGAGAAAAACAAAGACAGAGAAUUCAUCCCACAGGCAUUUGGAAUGCCCUUGUCUCAAGUCAUUGCCAAUGACAGAGCCUAUAAACUCAAGCAGGACUCGCAGAGGGAUGAGCAGAAGGACGCAUCUGAUUUUGUGACUUCCCUCCUGCCGUUUGGAAAUAAAAGACAAAACAAAGAACUCUCAAGCAGUAACUCAUCUCUCAGCUCCACCUCAGAAACACCAAAUGAGUCCACGUCUCCCAACACUCCAGAACCAGCUCCCCGGGCCAGGAGAAGGGGCGCCAUGUCAGUGGAUUCGAUCACUGAUCUGGAUGACAACCAGUCUCGACUGCUAGAAGCUUUACAACUCUCCUUGCCUGCUGAAGCACAAAACAAAAAAGAAAAAGCCAGAGAUAAGAAACUCAGUCUGAAUCCUAUUUACAGACAGGUCCCCAGGCUGGUGGACAGCUGCUGUCAGCAUCUGGAAAAACAUGGCCUCCAGACAGUGGGGAUAUUCCGAGUUGGAAGCUCAAAAAAGAGAGUGAGACAAUUACGUGAGGAAUUUGACCGAGGGAUCGAUGUCUCUCUGGAAGAGGAGCACAGUGUUCAUGAUGUGGCAGCCUUGUUGAAGGAGUUCCUGAGAGACAUGCCGGAUCCUCUUCUCACCAGGGAACUGUACACGGCUUUCAUCAACACUCUCUUGUUGGAACCAGAGGAACAGCUGGGCACCUUGCAGCUCCUCAUCUACCUUCUACCUCCCUGCAACUGCGACACCCUCCACCGUCUCCUACAGUUCCUCUCCAUUGUGGCCAGACAUGCCGAUGACAAUGUCAGUAAAGAUGGGCAAGAGGUCACUGGGAACAAAAUGACAUCUCUAAACUUAGCCACCAUAUUUGGACCCAACCUACUGCACAAGCAGAAGUCAUCAGACAAAGAAUUCUCAGUCCAGAGCUCGGCCCGGGCUGAAGAGAGCACAGCCAUCAUUGCUGUAGUGCAGAAGAUGAUUGAAAAUUAUGAAACCCUGUUCAUGGUUCCCCCAGAUCUCCAGAACGAAGUGCUGAUCAGCCUGUUAGAGACCGAUCCUGAUGUCGUGGACUAUUUGCUCAGGAGGAAGGCUUCCCAAUCAUCAAGCCCUGACAUGCUACAGUCGGAAGUUUCCUUUUCCCUGGGAGGGAGGCAUUCAUCCACAGACUCCAACAAGGCCUCCAGUGGAGACAUCUCCCCUUAUGACAACAACUCCCCCGUGCUACCGGAGCGCUCCCUGCUGGCUAUGCAAGAGGACAGGGCCCCGGGGGGCUCAGAAAAGCUUUACAAGGUGCCAGAGCAGUAUAUGCUGGUGGGCCACUUGCCGUCGUCAAAGUCAAAGUCAAGGGAAAGUUCUCCUGGACCAAGGCUUGGAAAAGAUAUGUCAGAGGAACCUUUCAAUAUCUGGGGAACUUGGCAUUCAACAUUAAAAAGUGGAUCCAAAGACCCAGGAAUGACAGGUUCCUAUGGCGACAUUUUUGAAAGCAGCUCCCUCCGACCAGGGCCCUGUUCCCUUUCUCAAGGGAACCUGUCCCUGAACUGGCCCCGGUGGCAAGGGAGCCCUGCAGAGCUGGAUAGAGGCACUCAGGUCAUUCGCAGGACUCAGACGGCGGCCACGGUGGCGCCCUGCAGCGUGCACGUUCCGGUGUCGCGGGUCUGCAGCACCCCCCACAUUCAAGCGGGUGGCGGCGGGCCAGGGGGGCGGCCAGCGGCCAGGUCCGAGCCCUACCUGACCCUGAGCAGCACCGAGGACCUCGCCGAGGCAGAGGCCGAGCGCGACGGGGCGUGGCUGCCCGGCCGGCCCCGGCCUGGGGCCCAGAGACCUCGGGAGGGCGGCAGGGAUGAUCGCAGGCCCCCGCCGCCCUACCCGGGCCCGGGGAAGCCCCCGGAGCCGCCCUUGUGGCGGCUGCAGAGGCCAGAGGAAGGCUCCGGAUCGGCCUCGGACCAGGGGGGCCCGUCCGCCGAGCGGGAGCCUCGGGCCGCGCCCAGAAAACUGAGCAGCGAGCAGAGCGGCCAGAACUUGGGGGAAGCCAGCUGGCUCGACUGGCAGCGAGAGCGGUGGCAGAUCUGGGAGCUCCUGUCCACUGAAAACCCCGACGCCCUCCCGGAGACUCUGGUGUGAGCCCACCCACUGCAGCCAGCAGGAGCCCGCGCCCUCUCAGAAGUCCCUUCUUCUGUCCCCUUCCGUCCAGCCGGCCACAGGUGCUGCUGGACAUUGGACACGUCCUCCCUUCCCUCCUUUCACGUGUUACAAAAGCACCACAAGAGAAACUGAGUCCACUUCUCCCGAGGCAGAGCACUCAUCCCCUCACCAUUUAUGAUAGGGUUCCAUUGCGUAGCCAGCCUUAGGACAAAUUCCAAACAGGUGACAAGAUCCCAUCGGAAAACACCCCACCUUGGCUCUGUAUAAGACAAAACUCUUGCUUUAGUAUAGCUUAAUUGUAUUUAUGUGUCUUCAGUUUUGAAUAUUGUAUAUUCUGUAAUAGAUAAUGUAUGAUAAUCGAAAUGAUAUAUUCACAGAGAAAAAAGGAACAACUUUUUUUUAAAAAAAUCACUUCACUUAUAUUACACCAUGAGCUAUAUUAAGCAACGAGAUUCUAUAGAGUGUUCUAGAAUAUGCACAAGCUGGUUUCUGUGCUUUUGACAUAGCUUCUUACCUGGGGACAGCCCUUUCUUCAAUGCAUAAGAAAAACACUAACCAAACAAAACAGAGUAAGAGAAGCCAUAUUUUUAUAUAGUAGUGAGAUACAGAAGUUAUAAUCACUGAAUGCUUUUUCAUAUUGAGUAAGUUUUAAGGAAAAUGUUCAAUUUGAUACACAAAGAAAUAUAUUUUUGGAACAUGUUCAGAAAGGAUUCAGUUAAUCAAAAGAGAGUAAAGCCGUGCAUAACAAAGAAUAAUUAAUUUGUUCAUCCCAUUUUAGGUCAAAUUCAAUUUUAUAUAGGCCAUAUAUAAUAUAUAUUUAUAGUGUACAACUUUUAUGUAUUUUUCAAAACCACAAACUGGAAUCCAGCUAAUAAAGUGUUUAAGAAUCUAAACAGACCAUUCGAAUUACAGAAUGCGAUUUUUCCUUUGGCUCUGCAAUCAAUAUUAACCAAAUUGAGUACCAUUCUUUUUCGUAAAGUAAAUCAUAUUGUGGGAGAGAAAAACUGCAGUUUUGUCCUUACAUUGUGCCAAAGACUGAGGAAAUGUUUUCUUCGUAAUUUUAUGUGUAUUGUAAAAGUGUUCCUACCAUACAUAUGUCAGUAGAUUGAAGUUUUUCAGCCACAAAAGCUCCUGUGACCAACAGGUGACAGUUUUGCCUCAGUAUUUUGAAUUUUUUUUUUUCAUUUCAGAAGGGAAAGUGUAAUAUAGAAAAAGAAAAUUUUUUAUAAAAUGUGCUACUCUUAAUUUUCAUGUUGGUGAUAAAAUUUUCAGUGGUGUUUCUUAAAGUUCUAUCUUGUGCCAUGAUGAAUAAAAUAUUAAGAAAAAAGCA